AUGAAUUUCAUAUCCGAAACGCAGUUAGAAGAGAACAAACGGCUGAGAGGGGAGCGAGUGGAGGAUGGCACUGUAGCGGUGGACAAGCCGUUGUACGAGAUUUUGAAAGAGCAGAAGGAGAAGAAAGACGCGGAGCACAAGGAGAAAUUCAAAAACCGCCCACCCAGGGCAUUGGAUGAGGACGAGCUAGAGUUUCUCGAAGCUGUGGAGCAGAAGAAGAGGGAGGACGAGAAGGAGAAGGACGAUGAAGACAAGCGUGCUCUUACAGAGUUCCAGGCUGCUCUCCUGAGCCGAACAGUCACUGUUGAUUCUCAUUCCACCCCCGAGACUGCGGCUGCACAAGCAACCGGUGCUUCUGGUGCUUCUGGCUCGUCUGGCUCGUCUGGCUCGUCUGUAUUGGCGGCUAUUCGGAAACGAAAGGAGCCUGAUCUUCCACUCAUGCCUCGUCUGGGCGUGAAGGUUCAGCUCAAGGCGAAACCAAAAGUGAAGCCUGGAGAAGCUCCAGAUAAGGUGGCUGAUUCUACAGUUACCGGUGUUUCUAAAGCUGAUUAUUCUAAAGUUGUUUCUAAUGCUUCGGUUGCAGCACGGAGUGGGAUAGAAGGGGGUUCUGUUACUGGUGAUUAA